AUGAAAUCUCAUUUUGCAAGAUACGGUAUACCAUUAAUAGUGAUAUCUGAUAAUGGACCUCAGUUUGCAAGUAAAGAAUUUGCAGAGUUUGCAAAGAAAUACCAAUUUAAACAUAUAACAAGCAGUCCAUACCAUCCACAGUCGAACGGAUUAGCAGAGCGUUCAGUACAAACAGCGAAGAAAUUGUUAAAGAAAGCUCAAGCAGAUCAUGCUGAUCCUUAUUUAGCAUUGUUAGCUCAUAGGAACACUCCAACUAAUGAGAUGCUAGGAUCACCAGCUCAACGACUUAUGAGUAGAAGAACAAGAACGAUUCUUCCUACAUCUGAAGAAUUACUUAAACCUCAAGUUGUGAAAAAUGUAAAAGAAAAAAUCAACCAAGAGAGAACUAAACAGAAGUCAUGUUAUGAUCAUCAUACAGAAACAUUACCAUCGCUAAAUAAAAGAGAUUGUGUUCGGGUAUAUCAAGAUAAUCGCUGGAAACCAGCAGUUGUAGAAGAAGUGCAUAAGAUGCCUAGAUCAUAUAUACUUAGAUCAGGUGGAUCAGUAUUGAGAAGAAAUAGAAAUUUGGACUGA